AUGUCAAAAUCCGCCAUUGUAUUCGGCGCCUCGAGCGUCACAGGCUGGUCGUUUGUCAAUGAAAUCCUCUCCGACUAUCCUGCCAAAGGCGUCUGGAAGCGCGUUCACGCCCUCUCCAACCGUCCCAUUACUCUAGCCCAGACGCAAUGGCCAGACGACCCCCGCCUCAACAUGGUCCCCGGUAUCGACCUGCUCGCCCAUAGCCAAGAGAGCCUCGAAAAGGAACUGGCCAAGGCACUUCCCGACGUCUCCGAGGUGACGCAUGUGUAUUACCUCGCAUACAAAGCUGGCCUGGAUGUGCACAAGGAAAUGGAUGAGGUCAUGGACAUGUUUACAAAGGCCGUCAAGGCGGUUGACAAGCUGUGCCCCGCUCUUGAAUUCAUCGUCUUGCAGAUUGGAACCAAGAUUUAUGGCUGUCAUCUCCGCGCCAUGCUUCCAUGGUACGACGAAGCCGCCCCACCUGGCACCACGGCGCCACCACUCCCUUCCCCUCCCCUCUCCGAAUCGGCGCCGCGCAUACCCAGUCCAUUCGCCGAGAUGUUGUUCUACCACGCGCAGAUCGACUUCAUCACCGAAUACGCCAAAGACAAGAAGUGGAGCUUCAUAGAAACCAGGCCUGACAUCAUCCUCGGCUUCGUGCCAAACCAAAACUACUACUCCUUGAGCACCACCAUUGGACUCUACGUCAGUUUGUGGAAAGAAAUUCACGGCGAGGGGGCCAAGUGUCCAUUCCCAGGCACCAUGGCCGUGUGGAAGGCUCUUAACAAUGACAGCAGCAGCGACAUGAUUGCGCGUCAAACAAUACAUCUGACGCUUUCCCCGUCGACGCCCAAAGGCGCCGCUUACAACAUUGCCGAUUCCAAGACGCCCUACAACUGGCAGACGAAAUGGCCCAUCAUCUGCUCUUACUUUGGCCUCGAAGCCGCUGAGCCCCUGGCUGAGCCCAUCGACAUACGCCAGUUCAUCAACGACAACAUGGACACAUGGCUUGCCAUGGAGAAGAAGUACGGCCUUCAGAGCGGCCAUGUCGAUGGCGAGCACCUGCUCAUGACCAAGUUUGACUUUGACCGCCAUUUCGACAUGACCAAGAUGUACAGUACCGGAUUUACCGAGGAAAGAGAUCCGAAACAGGUGUGGACUACUGUGUUUGAUAGGAUGAGGAAGGCGAAGAUUAUCCCGUAG